AUGAGCACACGCGCGAACUGGACGCCAGCAACUGGAGACGUCCCAACUAUCUACUCGCUGCAGGAUCCUCCCACCGGUUUCACUUUUGACCCGACAACCCGUCCAUACAUCCAGUAUCCCUUGACGUCUGUUGGCUCGACAUUAGUAGCGACAAUAAACGGUGCUGCUACCAACGUGGAGUUCUACCACAAAUUCUCGCACGCACUUCUUGACGAUGUCAAUGCGGCUGAUGGCCUCGCUAGCUUUUUUGGCACGCUACAGAAACAUGGCAACCUGAGUAAAAUCAGCUCGACGACCAAUUAUGCGUCAUUCAACGAGCUCAGCCAACCUUUCGACGCGGCACUUUCAAUGUGCCAGAACGUGUUCAAUCCUUACGCGAACGGCGCUGACGAGACCCGGGUGUGGCAGUGGAAGCCCUUUGCAAACGUGGACACAUCAAGCCUCCUGGUAGCUCUCUUUAACCAGCUGCUUCCUGACACGCCCGACAGCAUUGAUGGACCCAUUAAUUCCUGGCGCAACAAUCCGUAUGCGCCGCACGUGGUCGCACGCCAGAGACCCGUAGCCUAUAUGAAGUGGACGGUUCUUACAUACCUGCAGAUCUUGAUCGCCUACGGUGACUACUAUUACCGACAGAACUCACUAGAGGCGCUGCCUCAGGCGAUACAGCUCUAUAUACUUGCCAGCCACAUCUACGGCCCUGUAGCACAAAAGAUUCCAAAGCGAGGAAAGGUGGAGCUGCAGACAUACUAUUCUCUGCAAAAUAAGUGGGAUGCCUUCAGCAACGCGGUUGUGCAGCUAGAACUAGCAUUCCCAUUCUCUAACCAGACCUCUCAUCCAGUCGAGUUCGUCGGGACUGACUUGGCACUGGCCAACAUCUUCGGCUUUGCAACAACGCACUAUUUCGCCAUCCCAAGCAAUCCUCAGCUACAGAGUCUGCGGGCGCUGAUCGACUCGAGGCUCUAUAACAUUCGACACUGCCUGGACAUAAACGGCAAUGCGAUCUCAUACCCGCUCUGGGAUCCGCCGAUCGAUCCGGCCGCGCUCGUGAGGGCAGCGGCGGAGGGUCUAAGCAUCUCGAGUUUCCUCAACGAUUUGAACGCUCCGAUACCCAACUACCGCUUUUACUAUCUGCUCCAGAAGGCUCUCGAGCUCUGUGCAGAGCUCAAAUCUUCGUCCAGCUUAUUCCUCAGCAUCAAGGAGAAGCGAGACGGUGAAGCCCUCGGGCUGCUCAAAGCGCAGCAGGACUCUGCUAUGCAGAAUCUCAUCAUGGAAAUGCGUCGCAACGGCGUCCUGUACCGAUACAAGUACUUCACCCAACUGGCAGGACAGACGGUCGCCACCCUCGCUGAGACAGACACUUCAUAUAAUGAGAUCCCCAUAGACAUCCCCACGCCGAAAACGGACGGCGAUAUGGUAAUGAGCUCGACGGAGCAGAAUGAGCAUGAUGAAGCUGGCAACGCAAACCAGGUCAACGGCAAGAUCGGGCCGGCCGAGACCAUUGCCGGCGUGCUCUUCGCGCUGCCCAUUGUCACACAAAAGGUAUCACCGUGGGGUUUAGGCAUUGGCUUUGGCUGGGGGGCCAGCAAUUUCGGUCAGGCCACAAUGGCGUACGCGCGCGGCAUGCGUAUCGAGGCGGACGGGCAUAGUUACAAUUCGAGCGAUUCGGGGCGCAAAGCUACCAACAUCAAGCAGUUUCAAGACCGUGUGCAGGCGGCAAACUCAGCUGGAUAUGAGCUCAUGAAUAUCAAUAAGCAGAUCACGACUCAAAAUUCACGCAUCAAAUCGGCAUCGCAGGAGAUCACGAACCAACAGAAGAUGGUAGACAAUGCGCAGCAGACUCUUGAUUUCUUAACCAGCAAGUACACUAACGAUGAGCUAUACGCCUACCUCGAAGGCCAGCAGCUGGAAGCGGCCUACCAAACGCGGCGUCCACACGACUUUGAGAUAUCCAAGACGGUGUCCCUCCGGCAGGUUGCCCCUCUCGCCCUGAUACAGUUACGCGAGUCCGGCAUGUGUCAGUUCAGCCUGCCGGAGGUUCUCUUCGACAUUGACUUUCCUGGCCACUACUUCCGGCGGCUGCGCGCCGUAACGGUGACGAUUCCAUGCUCUGUCAGUCCGGUGCUCGGCGUCAACGCAACGCUCACGCUGACGGACCACAAUUGGAGACUCUCGACACUCGGCGCGACCGAUGCGCGCUGCUACGCGAUGAAGCCCGCCGACGGCCCUGACGGCCCCGAUGCGCGCUUCGCCUCCAGUGUUGUGCCCAUCAGCUCCAUCGCAGUCUCGACCGGCCAGGCCGACACGGGCCUGUUUGAGCUGGCCUUCUCGUCGGAGCGUUACCUCCCGUUCGAGGGCGCCGGCGCCAUCUCGUCGUGGAAACUGGAGCUGCCGUCGACGGCGUUGCAGGCGUUUGACUACGGCUCCAUCACUGAUGUUCUGGUCAACCUGCGCUACACCAGCCUGAACGGCGGCGACUCUUUCAAAGCCGCCGCCGUAGGCUCGGUGGCCACAUUUGCAAAGUCAGUUCAAGGUUUGGCAGACACGCAAGGCCUCUUCGCCGUCUUCGAUCUCCAGGUCGACUUCUCCUCGGCCUGGGCACGCGCGGUGGCCGGACCGGCGCCUUCGUCGCCGUUGUCGACCGCAGCGAGUCCAUCGGCGCGCGUGUUCAACCUCGAUAGGCUGGCAGAUCGACUGCCGUUUUACGCGCGGUCGAUGAGCGCCAAUCCGACUGCGCAGGACGUUGCCGUCAUUACUAAGACAUCAGUGGCAGCCGAUGCCUUUUCGCUUCAGACAUCGGCAUCGGAUGAUGCAGUGUCGCUGGCGCUUGUGCCUAGGAAUGGCAGCGGUCUUGGUGCAGCACAGCUUUACCGCUCUGGCGACCACAUUGGCCGGCGUAUAACCGGCACAGGCAUCUCAUGGCAGUUGAAUAUGGACGAUGGCGGAAACUCGAGCCUCGUGGUUAAGCGCAUCUGGCUGAUAAUACGCUUCACCAUUUCCACAGGUUCGUGA